GCGCCCAGUCGCUGUUGUCUCAACUGCCUACUGGACGAGAACCAUGGAGACGGAGAGCUGUUUGCCUUUCUCCGCCCAGAGCGGCGGGAGGACACCGGCCAACUCUCCGGGACUCGAGCGCGGUGGCGGCGGAGGCGGAGGCGGAGGCAGUGGUUCCGGCUCCGGCUCCUUUCUCCCCUGCGACGAGCUGCAGAAACCCUCCAAUCAUCCCGCUCCCCAUCCUGCUGUGGCGUCGCUUCCUCACCGUCUCGGCCUGCGAGGGGAUCUGUACGCUGCCGCCUCCAUGGGCAGGUUUGGAGAUGCUGCGGACUUUACGCACAGCUCUGCGGCCGCGUCUCCUCCCAAACAUGGCAAGUUUCUGGACAGUUUAAACCCGGACCACAAAGCGCUGAUAAGCGACAAAGCGGCGUUUUAUGAAAGCAGCUCACACGUCAGAGAGAAAGGCUCUCUAAAAGCCAUGGUCUAUCCUGGGAUGGGCCCAGACUGCUGCGGGAAGCUGAAGGAGCAGAGCGGCGGCCUGCAGGGCGACUCCAUCGCCGACUCCAUAGACUUAUCAGGGAAAAGCAAGAAGCGGCGCAACCGGACCACCUUCAGCACCUUUCAGCUGGAGGAGCUGGAGAAAGUGUUUCAGAAGACACACUACCCCGAUGUGUACGCCCGAGAGCAGCUGGCUCUGAGGACGGAGCUCACCGAGGCCCGGGUUCAGGUGUGGUUCCAAAACCGUCGAGCCAAAUGGAGGAAACGGGAACGCUACGGGAAAAUCCAGGAUGUCCGCAACCAUUUUGCAGCUUCUUACGAUAUUUCUCUUCUCCCUCGUCACGAUGCAUAUCAGAUGCAGGGCAACCUGUGGCCAACCACUGCUUCAGCUGCAGGGGGCAGUUCAGGUGCGGCCUGCGUCCUAGGAGCCGACUCCAUCCCAUCGUCCUGCAUGGGUCCAUAUCCUCACCCCCACAGCAACUUGCAGGGCUUCAUGAGCAUGCCUGCCUCCCCCAGCCACCCGCACCACCACCACCACCAUGCGCCUCACCACCACGGCAUCAACGGCCUAUACUCCCUGCACAGCUUCCCGGGAGGCCUUGGCCCGCCCGCCAUCGAGGGGCCGGAGGGCGACUACAAACCAACGGGUUUGGUGGCGCUGCGAAUGAAAGCCAAAGAGCCGGGCAGUAUCAUCUCCUGGCCCACAUGACCACCAGUGAUCCUCUUAACACACUGACUGAGCCAAAGCACAC